CAAUUAUUAUGAGCAAUAUUUUUGAUAUCCACAAGACAACCGCUAAUAUGAAAAUAUUGUUAUCCAGUAAUGUCACCUGGAAGAAAAAGGUGUGACAUGCUUGUCAUUCAUAUAUCAUUUUUUUGCUAACCUAAAAUGUUUUAUCAAAUGACUUGAAUUUGCUGUUUUUUUUAGUUAUUUUUUACGGUAAUUUUACAAAUUCGUUACGCUAAAUCUCGUUUGUAUCGUGACACCUAUCGCUUAACAUUUAUACUUUUUAUCGGGCGACAAUUUUUUAAUGAUGAAUUUACGUUAGUCAUAAUAAAAUGGAAAACGACCCGAAUAACACAACGGCGGGUCGCGAGACUGGGCGAUGUAUGUCGGUGGCUGCGAUGCAGGCGCUACACCGGUUGCGCGAGUGUCGGCUGCUGUGCGACGCGAUAGUGCGUGCGGAUGACGGCGCCGCUUUUCCAGUCCACCGCGCCAUACUCUCGGCCUGCAGUCCAUACUUUUUGGCACUUUUUACAACAACACUACACUCGCGCGAGCAAAGCGAUGUGCUAAUAUCGGGCGUGGGUUCAGAAAUUCUUCUACUUUUAAUCGAAUACGCUUACCUUCGACGUAUUGAAGUUACUGACAUCAACGUAUACGAGCUCCUUAUGACAGCCGAUUAUCUCGCCUUCCUUGGAGUACUUCAGCUCUGUUGCGAUCACCUCAGAGGCUCUCUUAACCCUAAAAAUUGCCUGGGUAUUAUGAUGUUUGCCAGACGGGUAUUUUGCUAUAAAUUAGAGGCCGAUUCUCGUAGAUAUUUGUUGCGUUACUUUGUGACUGUAGCGACCCAGAGCGAUGAGUUCCUUCAUCUGCCAAUUGAUGAACUAAACAGUAUCAUACUAGAAGAUGAAUUGAAUGUUAAGAGCGAGGAGGUCGUAUGGGAAGCUGUUUUACGUUGGGUCAACUAUGACCCUGAUAUACGUUGGCAUCAUACCGUUAAACUUAUGGGCAGCAUAAGACUUGGCCUAUUGGAUACACAAUUCUUUUUAGAAAACGUUAAGGAUCAUCCAUAUGUGACAGGAAACGAAAGCUCACGCCCUAUUAUUAUUGAAACUCUUAAGUUCCUUUACGACUUAGAAAUGAUUGCUCAGCGAGACGGUGAAGUGGCUACACCAGAAAUUGCACGACCACGUGUUCCACAUGAGGUAUUGUUUGCAAUUGGUGGAUGGAGUGGCGGGUCACCGACGGCCUUUAUUGAGACGUAUGACACACGAGCAGACCGUUGGAUAAAGGUAGAAGAAGUAGACCCAGCUGGUCCUCGUGCUUACCACGGCACUGCUGUGUUGGGUUACUGUAUCUACGUCAUAGGCGGAUUCGACGGAAUGGACUAUUUCAAUUCUUGUCGUUGCUUUGACGCUGUUACCAAAAACUGGCGGGAGGUAGCACCCAUGAAUGCGCGUCGUUGUUACGUGUCUGUGGCAGUGCUGGGUGAAACUAUAUAUGCAAUGGGUGGUUAUGAUGGUCAUCAUCGUCAGAAUACUGCAGAACGAUUCAAUCACAGGACCAAUCAGUGGUCAUUGGUGGCGCCAAUGAAUGCUCAGAGAUCAGAUGCGAGUGCAGCAGCUUUAGAUAGUGAGAAUAAAAUUUAUAUAACGGGGGGAUUUAAUGGCCAAGAAUGCAUGAACAGCGUGGAAGUAUAUGAUCCUGAAACCAAUCAAUGGACGAACUUAGCACCUAUGCGCUCGCGCCGUUCUGGCGUCUCCUGUAUAGCUUACCACAAUAAGAUAUACGUGAUAGGCGGUUUCAAUGGCAUCUCGAGGAUGUGCAGCGGUGAGGUGUACGAGCCCAACACGAACACAUGGUCGCCGGUUCCAGACAUGUACAAUCCACGGAGCAACUUCGCCAUCGAGGUUAUUGACGAUAUGAUUUUCGCUAUUGGCGGAUUCAAUGGAGUCACUACUAUUUACCACGUCGAGUGUUACGAUGAGAGAACUAAUGAAUGGUAUGAAGCCACUGAUAUGAAUAUCUACCGCUCCGCAUUAUCAGCAUGUGUGAUCAUGGGACUUCCAAACGUUUAUGAUUACAUCCACAAACAUCGCGAGCGUCUCAUGGAGGAGAAACGCCAGAAGAUCUUACUGUCAGAGACCGCUCGCCACGGCCAGCAUCGCACCGCAUUACCUGAUGUACAUUUGAUCGAAGACAAUGAUGAUAUGCUGGAGCAACUUGGACUGAUAGAAAAUCAAGCUAACAACGACGUCCCUGUCCCGCCUCCGCCGCCACCACCUCAGCCAAUGGAGCAGGAUAGGCAUUAAUACGCCAUUAAAUAUUAACCGUAAAUUUUAAUUUUGAAUAAUGAUAUAAUUACUAUUUCAAAUCAGUUUCUACUAUUUCAAACGUCUGUGGUUAUCAUUAGAAAUGAGUUUAUAUUGUAUGUAUUUUUGUUAAUUUAAUGCUAAAUAUUAUAUUUUUCAACAGAUCACACCUAGCAUAUCGAUAUACAAAUAUCUUACCUAAAUAGUUCGACGUUGGAAUGAAGCUAUUUAGAAAUCAAUAAGUAAAAUUCUUGUGGAAUUAAUACGAUGUUAAAGAUCAUUAUUUAUAUAAUAUUUACACAUAUUUAGCGCUUUUGGCAUAUUUUAAUAUGAUGACUUUUCAUAAUGUGAAUCAUUUCUGUAUUUUGGAGUAGUUUUUUUUAAAUGUUUUAAAUUUUUCGGACAAGUAUACGAUUUUAAGUUGAUAAUUUUGUGUUUUAUUUAAUGUUGUCUAAUAACAUGUUUAAGAAUACACCAACAUAU